AUGGGUAAUGAUUUAGAGACUGCCAGUGGCGAUGGGUUUGCGCCUGUCACGGCUGAUAGCGUUACCAAAACAGCAAUUGGAUCAGGGGUGCGUGCAGCAGCUGCAGGGACACAGUCAGGUCGUAGACGGGUGUUAGUAACGGAUUUUGAUGACACCAUUACGACUAAGGAUACCGUUGGGAUUCUGCAGUCCCUUUCCCGGUGCAAAAGCCCUCCGAUGACGUACUUCUUCGAGUUCUAUCUGGCACAGCCGUGUCCGGCACGUGAUAGCUCGGUGCAGGAUCUGUUGGAGCGUGAGCUGGACUACCAAAGGAGGGCACGCAAGCGCGGUGUGGCGGCACUGGAAGAGUUGGAGCGGUUUGAUUACUUCAAGGAUGUGCCAGUUGUGGACGUUACGAGGUUGCCGUUGGAGGAGAUCGAAAGGCCGGGUUACAGAGAGGCGGUUGGGCGGGAGCGGGGGUUGUUUGAUGAUAUGUAUGUUUUGUCCCUCAACUGGAGUCGGGAGUACAUUCACCGUUUCUGUCCGGCGGAGGUUCCGUUGAGUCACGUGCUUUGCGAUGCGCUUUUGGUUGAUGAAGGUGGUGAGACGUACACGGGGCGGUUCAGCAAGAAGUUGGUUGCUGGGGCGGACAAGUAUGAUGUGAUGGGCAGGGAGAUUUUGCCUGCGGUGGGGGAUGCGGAAGUGUGGUAUGUUGGAGAUAGUGAUCCGGACUUGUGUUGUAUUUUACGGCCGGGGGUGCAGGGUGUUAUUAUGUACACUAAUGAUAAGAGGUUUGGCGAGGUUCUUGAGGUGCUGGGGGCGGAGAGGCCUGAGGAGGAUGAUUGGGAGUAUUUUGGCGUGCAGGAGGGUGUCUGGUGUGUGAGAAACUGGGUUUCGUUAUGUAAGCUUGUGGAAGCGCAGUCUCUGGGCGGGUAA